CACCAGGCUGGCAGCACCCAGUACUGCACCACCACCAUUUGCUCCCGCUUCCUGACUUCAGAAGGCACUUCAUUCAUUCAUUCAUACUUCCAUUCACCCAUGGUGCAACCUUUUAAUGUUGAAAUUGUUGUUCCUGCUGCGAUUGCCAGCGUCACACGGAGCUGAAGACCUACAGGUAUCGUGUAGGUAUUCCAUGUUACUGAAGGGAAGCCAGUUGUUCUCGCUCGCUCGCUUCAUCUUGAAAUAAUUCCAGGGUCAGAGCAGCACUUGGUGAGUAUCUUUCUGGUGGCCUUUCGAUCAGUAGCUGGCGGUGAAUAGAAUGGAGAAUGUGGUGCGCUCAUUCAAGGACAAGGCGCUCGAGAACGACUACUUCAAUGUGGUUAUUGUGAGGGACUCUGCAGAAGUUCUAGGGGGCCCUCAAGUCUGCCAGCAUAUUUCACAAGAGUUGCUCAGUGUGGUGAAGAAAGAAAGGGCACAGGCCAGAGGCACUGUACUUCUGGCCCUGGAGCGAGCCCCUGAGGAGUAUUCACACCAUCUCAAUCAGAGCAGCGGUUCUGAAACAGAGGGCUUGGAGCCGCUGCAAGUCCUAGACUGCUUCUCAGAUCCCUUAGGGUGGCAAACUUCCCCCGAGCCAGACUCCAGCCUAGGCAGAACUCCAAAAGAUGAAACAAACGAUGUCAGUUCCGUGCGAGCCCGGAACCAGAGCCAACGUGCAGCAGAAGUGGGGUCGAGCGGUCAGGAAGACGCGUCACGACGGAUGAGUUCGGCUCUCGGGAAGCUCCAGCGAGGAGGGUACUCGAAGGUGCACUUUGAGAAUGACGAAUCCUUAGAAGGACUUAAAGUGGGUAUCCAAAACGCUGGCGAAGCCUUGUUGAAGGAUGCAGUCGAAGGGGGCCGGCUCGCUCUUGUCAUUGACUCGAUGUCAACUCUGCUCCAAUACUGCGCUACUUCGAAGGUCCUGGCUUUUCUGGAGUGGCUGCGAUGGAGCGGUCGCAUAUCGACGGUUCUGACACUGUUGCACGCCGACCUCCACGACGCGCGCACAAACGCGGCGUUCGAGCGCCUCGCAAGCACGGUCGUCGACGUGCAGGCGCCCCCGCUGCUGGACGAGCGGGGGUCCGCGGACGGCAGGAUCCACGUACGGCACAAGACGAAAAAGGGCAAAGUUCGACACGAGCGGGAGCAGUUUUGGCUGGAGACUUCGGGCGUCCGCUUCGGCCCCAUCGAGCGGACGGCGUCCGUCGCCGAGCUGGUCGCCGAAAAGUCGACGAGCAUGCAGUCGGGCAGAGCGCCACCCUCGGCAAAGACGGCGACAACUCCGGAGGUGCCUUUCAAUCUUGAGCUGUCGGAAGCGGAGAAGCAGAGCAGAGCCCGCGUCGUGCUUCCAUACGAGCACCAAGGUGACGGUCACGAAGUCAAGAUAUACGACGGCCGACCUGCGUUGUCCGGCGUCCAAGCGAGAGGAAAGAGGGACGGGCGCAUAGGCUAUGAGAGUGGCGACGAAAGCACGGUUGCAGCGCACAACGAUAAGCUGAAGAACGGGGAGGUUAUCGAGUCUGGUCAAGGGCACAUUCUGUACAUGAGAGACUCGGAUGAAGAGCCGCCGGACUCGGACGAGGACCCGGACGACGAUCUGGAUAUCUGAGCGCGCGCUUUAAUGGGCAACAGUAACCGCUGAUUCAAUGCAUGGUCGUGAGCGGCGCUGCGCUGAAGCUAGGCCGUCUUUCUCAAGACUGAUAUGAUCCCGCUGUACAGUGUACACGCGUGCAUGUGUGUGCAGACUGACCAGCUGAUUAAUUUUGCCAGUCUACCUACU